GCAUGUGCACACGCCACACAAGGAAGCUUUGCCUCCGACGUGAGCGCGCACCCUGACAGACAGCUUGGACCAGAGCAGAGUGCAGACGUCAAGGACGCUCAGCAGUCAGCAGCAACCUCCCUCCACCUGAUUUGCAACGCUUUGACUCGCUCAUUCAGACCUCAACCUCGCACGCUCGGUGACAAGCAGAUGUUGCGUGACGUGCCAUCGCACAAAAGAUGUCUGACAGUGGAGACUCCAGAUGUUGAAAAUGUGAUCCUCAACAGCGGAGGGAUAUUGGGGACGGCUUGACGGCUUUCCAUCGACAACAAAGAUGUGGCCCCCAGACUUUGGACCCAUGGACCUCAGACCGCCAGAUGGUCAGAUGACUCUUCCUGGUUUCUUCGAAGAUGUGGAGGAGCACCAGAGACCUUCGUAUUCUGGGGUCCAGUCGUCCAUACUCUCAGGUGGCAUUGGGGUGUGCUAUGCACCAAGGACUUCUAUGGUUUCUCUGGAUCUCACCUGCAUGAUCAACCAUGAUAGAACUGAGGAUGGAUUCUCUACGGGUCCUAAAACCUCUCAGAGGAUCUGCAAUACUUCCCAACCAACCCCUCCUGUACCCUACAGUCUACCCGAUUGGACCCCAUCUCAAAAUAUUCUGGAGGGCCGUCUCUGUGUAAAACAAGAGCCCACAGAGGACAAAUUACGUCACCAGCAGUGUCUUUGGAAUGACUGCAACGCCACUUGCAGGAGUCGGGAGGAACUGGCGAGGCACAUUGAAAAGGUGCAUGUGGACCAGCGUAAGGGUGAAGAAUUUGCCUGCUACUGGGCCGACUGCAUCCGACGCCAAAAGCCCUUCAACGCGCGGUACAAGCUGCUCAUCCAUAUGAGGGUGCACUCCGGGGAAAAGCCCAACAAGUGCAUGUUUGAAGGCUGCUCCAAAGCAUUUUCCCGCCUGGAGAACCUUAAGAUCCACCUGCGGAGCCACACGGGAGAGAAGCCGUACGUUUGCCAGCACCUUGGCUGCUUCAAGGCCUUCAGCAACUCCAGCGAUCGCGCCAAGCACCAACGAACACACCUCGACACAAAGCCAUACGCAUGCCAAAUCCCGGGCUGCACCAAGCGCUACACCGACCCAAGCUCUCUGCGGAAACACGUCAAGACUCAUUCCGCCAAAGGUGUCCAGGGGGCCAAGAUUCACAUGUACUCGGUACCAGAAUUGGACAUGUUGAAUGGAUCAGCUCUUCCGGGCUUAAAAAACCUCCCAGAUUCUUAUACGAACGGAGGUAGCUUGGACUGCGUGCCCCCGCGAGUGGACAUUCACUAUCUUGGCAUGGAGGAAAGCUUCCACAGGAGGAAUGUGCUGUUCAUGACGACAGAUGAUGCCAAACUGCAACAAGCGUUUCCCAGCGAAUUCUUUGACGAGAGGAGAGCGUCUCGGCCAAUCUUUGACGGAGGUUUUGCAGAACCGCCCGCACAUUUCCCACAAGCCUCGGCAGCGCCCUCUGCAGCGUUUGACUUGAUCCACGAUUUGGACGAUGACGACGACGACUUCCUGUUCAACACGGGAGCUGUGGACCCCCGCCUUGGUCCCGUGGAUGCCUUCUACCUGGACUCGUGAUCAUGCCAGAAAACCAGGAAAAAACAAAAACAAGGCCUGAUGUCUUUAGGGGGCCAUUUUUUUACAAAUAUUUGUGCAAUUUUUACUCUACUAGAUAGGGGGCUCUGAUUUUAGUGCCCCCACAAAAAUCCAAGAGCUGUUUUCCCUCUAAAUAUCGCCAUUAAAAGCACUUUAACUGUUAUGCUUUCUAUGUCAAUGAAGUUGCCGAAACAUGCUAGAUUCAAUUAGCAAAUUAUGGAUUUUUUUGCAAAGCAAACUUCAAGUCUUUUAUAAUGUCUUUAUCUGUUUAGUGCACCUCUAUUGGUUGUCAUUUUAUUUUUUUACAAUGCUGCCAUCUACUAUGCAUGUGAAUAGUCACACUUAUGGUCAACUUGAUGUAGCAGUCAGGCACCUGGGGAUUAUUUUUGUUAGAUCAAAUAUUUUCUAAAAAUUAUUUUACUUUGGGGUAAAAAAGUAUGCCCCUCGCCGAAAAAGUAAUCCCCCCCACAGAAAACUGAUUUGAAAAACAAUACCACAGACAUAAUAUGCACAUACAGUAUAUAUAUUUUCAUCCAUCAAUCCAUUAUUUGAACCGCUUUAUCCUCACGAGUGUUGCGGGUGUGCUGGAGCCUAUCCCAGCUGUCUUUGGGCAGUUGGCGGGGUAUAUCCUGAACUGGUUGCCUGACGAUCGCAGGGCACACAUGGAUCCACACAACCAUCUGCACUCAUACUCACACCUCGGGACAAUUUAGGGUGCUCCAUUAGCCACCCAGUUUCGAAGGUGGGAGAAAACCAGAGUACCCGGAGAAAACCCACGCAGACACAGGGAGAACAUGCAAACUCCACACAGGAAGGCCGAAUCGAAUCCUGCACCACUGCACUAUGGGGCCGACGUACUUGUAAAAUAAGGGGGAUUCCUGAUUUUUUUUCUUUCUUCUUCAAAUAGUUAUUCUGCAAUAGUUUAAAAAAAACAAACUUGUUCAAAACUAAAAUUACACGAAAAAAUAAUUCCCUCCACCUUAAAAAACUCAGGAAAAUUGACCUUUUAAAAAAAAAAAGAUAAUCUGAGAGCAUUGUUUUCCCUUGGGGGGUGGAAUGCAGGGUUUUUUUUUUCCUAAGGAAAAAAUACAGUAUUCUCUUGAAAAAUGAUACCUCUAAAAUAUGUACAGUUUUUCAAAAUAAAAUCUGACUAGUCCAUUAAAAAAAGAUGACCCCCGCAAAAAUUCACAAAAAAAACCAACUUGAAAAAUAAAACUAUUCUGAUUCUCAAUUUGUUUGUAUAAUUUAAUCCCCCAAUACGUAUUGCAAUCACAGUACAUUCCCCAUGCGAUCCAAUGACAAUCAUGAUGCGCCAAAAUUUAAGUGAAAGCCUUUUCGCCACCUCCCCGCCCCAUUUACUUUGUGACACAAGCACCUUCUUUUCCCAAUUACGCAGCGCUCCCAACUUUGUAAUCUUCGUUCUUCUAGACACUGCAUUUCACAAUCAAAAGCAGUUGUUUCAUCAAGUAUUGAGGAAAGUGAGAGAGGCCACAGGAUAUGUCUACAUAUUGUGUCACUUUCAUAACGUCAGUUUCAUUUCAAUUUUCAUUUGCUUGUUUCAGUGCGUUUGCGCAGAGAAGUUUACAUUAACUUUUUUAAAGUAUAUUUUCUAUUUUAAUAAACCGUGUAUACGUCAGUA